ACAACAAAUACAACCUCAUUCUAAGGAGUGCACGUAGUCCCUCACGGUGCUCGUCUUGUUUGUCUUUUGCCUUUGCUUUGUUGUUUUGAAAAUAAAUAUCUCAAGACUUCUCCCUGAGCUUCACUGGCUAGUAUUCAACGGCCAUUUCCCAUCCUACAGACCCAAUUCUUGUUUCCUGUGUUUCUUCUUUUGCUUUGUUUUUUUUAGCGAAAGUGUUGAUCUUGCUGUUUGGAGAUAAUGUUCGGUGCUUUGUUUGAUGUUGGCUCGUCGGUUUUGGAUUCACCAAACGUUCCAUGUUUAUGUCUGGAUGCUCACGCAAGGACCUCUCGAAACAAGAAGAAGAUCCUUGGCAGCAGUGCAGGAAGCUCCUUCACUGGUUCAGGCAUUGUUCUCAGGCUCUCUUCGAAGCGCGUACCAAGGAUUGCGACUCGAAGGAGCAAAAGAAGGCUCUUGAUUGUCAAUGAGGACGUUGCUGGGAACUAUGAUGAUACCUUCGGAGAUGUUAAAACGCAACUUAUUAAUUAUUUCACAUACAAAGCUGUGAGGACGGUUCUUCAUCAGCUCUACGAAAUGAAUCCUCCCCAGUACACUUGGUUCUAUAAUUACGUCGUAUCAAACAGACCAACCGAUGGCAAACGUUUCCUCCGCACUCUCGGCAAGGAGAGCCAGGAGCUUGCAGAAAGAGUGAUGAUCACGCGUCUCCACUUGUAUGGCAAGUGGAUCAAGAAAUGCGACCAUGGGAAGAUAUACCAAGAUAUAACAGAUGAGAACUUGGCUUUGAUGCGUGAACGACUUAUGGAGACUGUGAUAUGGCCUUCCGAUGAUUCAAACUCAGAGGUUAUCAGCUGAAGAAGAAUGUCACACCACUGCAUUUAGGAACAUGAGUCUUUUUAGUUUGAUUUUACAUUGUAAUAUAGUCAUGAAGCUCACAUCAACACCACUAAUAUAUGAAAAUAUUGACUAACAGUUGCAAAAAAAAUAUAACAGACUUUCAGUAAAAGAUGAUUUAAAAAUAUAUAACAAACAAAAACAAAACUCUUACAUGACGUGAACAUGAC